GGAAUAGGAACGAAUGAUAACGCCUGCUGUGGGGAGGGGCUAAUAUAUCUGCUGGUCGCACGGUAGAGCGGAGCACACCGGAGUGAUGGCGGGGAAUAGACGAGGCUAUGAGUCCUACGAUUAUACGUUUGACUUUGGUUAUGAUUCUGCUGGUUCAAACAGUUUUGUAUCAAAUUCCUGGAUGACCUCAUACCCGGUGGCCUCUAAUGGUGGAGCAAAAUAUUUGGGAUCUGGCAGAGAUAGCUAUGGUCCCUACAGUCGAAUGGAUCAAGGUAGAUACGGGUUCUCUGAGACAGAUGGAGGAUAUGGAAAUCAGAGAGCUCAACACUCUUCCCAACUUUCCCAGGUGGGGUGGAGGAGGGAUGUAAGCAGAGGACUUGGAGGUAAUUUCAGACCCCAUCCAGCUAUUGGCGGAUCUGGCUAUCCCAAGCCACUCUUGAGCCAAGGACCAUUCCAAAACGUAGCUGGUUUCCAGGGACUAAGGGCAUUCACUGGCAACUCUUACUUCGGAGGAGGAUUCAAGCAGAGGUCCAGAAGACUUUGGAAGGAAAAAAAGAAGCUGGGAGCAGAAGGAGGAGAGCCAGCAGAGAAGAAGAUUAAGGCAAGCAAUGAGGGUGAUGGGGCAAAAAGUGAAGAGUCGGAAUCGGAAGAAGAUGGAGAACAAGAAGGAGCAGGAACCAACACACAGACAGAAGCUGAGGACAAACAAGAAGAGGCAGAAGAGACAAAUAAGGGGGACAAAAUUACCUGUUAUUCUACAGAACAGAAACAAACGCCAACCAAGCAACAGCAGGAGAUCCAGAGCAGACGCAUGCGAGACAGGAUGGUGGAGAGGAUCCAGUUUGUGUGUUCUCUGUGCAAGUUCCGCACCUUCUACAAUGAGGAGAUGACCAGUCAUAUGCAGAGUGAAUUCCAUAAAGAGCAUUUCCACUAUGUGGGGGGGAAACUUCCCAAACAGUCAUCUGACUUCCUGCAGGAAUAUGUAUCGCACAAGACCAAGAAGACUGAGGACAGACGUAAUGCUAUUAAAGACCUUGGUACCACUAUUCAGCAAAUUUACAGGGACCAGGAUCUCACCCAGGACAUGGGAAUGGAACAUUUUGUAAAGAAGGUUGAAGCUGCUCAUUGUGCUGCUUGCGACGUAUUUAUUCCCAUGAACUUCUCAGCAAUACAGCGACAUACCCGAACACCGCUGCACAAUCAGAACCGCAGGAGCACAAUGGAGAACUCGAAGAAGACAGCGCUGGUUGUGGCAAGAAGCAUACUGAAUAACAAGCUGAUCAGUCAAAAGCUGGAACGCUAUAUAAAGGGUCAGAAUCCUUUCGGUGAAGAACAGGAUGAGGCCACAGGAAGUGGCAGCACUGGCCUGGAGGCCUCUGAAGGUCAGGAAAUGGUGGAUACAGCAGAUGGUUCCUGUGCAGAUGAAGACCUGCUGGCAUGUGAUUCUAUUACAGCUUCUGCACCAGAGGCUAUGAGUUCAGAAGAUGCCUCUGAUGAAAGGGUAACAGAGGAUAGUGAAAUGUGCGCCAGUGGUGAUCAGGAGGAGUAUACAGAUACCGGAAUUAUUGGGGAUUCUGUUCUUGAGCAAUGAAAGAUAGGAAGACUGAGCGAUACUGAGAUCUUCCUGGAAGACACGGAGAAGAGGGGAUUUGUCUCCUCACUAGAACCUUCCACUAUUCUCAAUACAAUACAGUGAUUUGAUAUAAAUUAAAGCCCAUAAAAGGGCCUUUCAUGAGAGAAAUAUUGAGGCUUCCAUUACUACUUCCCAUUCUGCAAAAACGAGUUGCCUGGCUGUUAGGCUGACUUUACUACAGUACUUUCAGUCUCUGACUGGAACAAGUAUUGAGGUCAGGACUUCUGACUUUUGGUUGUGCACACUUGUGCCAUGUCAGAAUAAUAGCCAUGCCAUUGGCAUCUCCAGAAGGAUGUGCACAGUUUAUGGCCCUCAUAUUUCUCUCAGGAAAGCUUUGCUUUAAAGAAGGAAAUGGGCUACCAUUGCUGGCAUCCUUUCUGAAAAUGCCAGUUGUUUGGUUUUAGUACCUUAAAGUAGUCAAGAAGUAGCAGCCUUUGUCUUUUUGUGUGACAGGGUUGCUUCAAAGGAGAGUUAAUGAGUGUAAAUGUGAAUUAUUUUAUUUGUACAAGUCUCCAUCCAUGUGGUAAACUGUAAUUUCAUCUCGGUAAAAAGCAUGAUUUUAAUUUCUUUUUUUAAACUUUGCUUGCUGUCUGGUCAUACAAGUACAAGGUGCUCUUAGAUGACCAUAGCAGCUGUCUGGCCGCAAUACCGUGCCAAAAUUCAACAGCAAAUUUUGGAUUUGGAGUAUGUAUUGAAUAGCAGCAGGGGUCAUCUCCUAAACUGUGAAUCGUGUUACAGGUGACCCAUGCUCCUAUUCAAUAAAUAAGAAAAUUUGCUGCAGUAUAGAGUGCAAUGGUACAUUUUCUGAUUGUCUAGAGUGCGGUGAGCUGGGCCAGCGCCUGGGAUAUUGCAGCAGAGGCUGUGAUUAGCCACUCGACUUAAGCAGUAUACAAUUUUUUUUUUUUUUAUCUAAUGUUUUUAGGUGUCUAUCCUUAUUUGGCCAGAUUAAAACUUUUAGCCAUCUCUGUGCUGAGAAAGUCUGGUUUCGCUGGUGGGUAGCAACUAGAAGACAUGAUCUUUUUAUUAAAGGCAAAAAUUCAUACAUAUAUAAACAUGUGCCAAAAAGAUAAUGUGACUUUAGCGAUUUUUUUUUUUUGCUCAGAGUAACUCUUACACAGGUUCGCAUUUUGAAAGGGAUGAGCGUGGUAUUCACCAAACAUUCAGGCCCUGUUCACACUGGUGUGACAUGCGCUCUGACUUUGAGAGCACAUGUCGCAUGACAUGUAAAAAUCAAUGUUUCCCUAUGAGAGCUGUCUUAACUGGGUCCGAGACUUUGGAGAAGGUUCCUUCACUACUUUGGUCCGACUUUAGCCCAUAGAAUUGAAUGGCAGUUGCAUCCAAGUCAGAUCCUCAUCUUAAUUGAUGUGAUUUACAUCACAGGAAGAUUACACAGGAAUUCCCUGAAGUUGCUUCUAAGUCAUCUCACCCUCAAAGGUGGUUAAUCGUUCCCUGUAAUUUAAAACGCAUGUGCAGGGAAGGUUCACCUACAGUAUGCCUCUUAGUGUUAGAAUUUCUUGUGUUUUUUUUUUUUUUCUUUAUUAGAUUAACAAUCUGUGUGAGUCUUUUUAGAAAGUUUACGGUAUUUAACUGGUGAUUAGAACUGUUGUAGUACGUUACAAGAAUAUGGAACUUAUCUGAGGAGUCAUGAAGUGGGAAUUUUGUAAUGUAUAUUCUUUGAUGGGGUUUGCUUUGCAGAAAUGUGUAUGAUAAAUCGAAUCAUAUUUACAGUGAAUUGUGUAUUUCUGUCCUUUCUGUAUGUGCAUGGCUGAUUUCCUUUCAUUGCUAAAGGAAGUAGAUGGAGAUGGCUAUUGCAUCAGUGAAGUCCCGGAGAAUGCCGUGGCCCAAUUAACAUAAGCUGGGCUAGUCUCAGGACCCGUAAGGACCUGUACAUGAUGCCGAGUGCUGUCCUGAUCCUACGAGCCAAACAAUGCAGACUUCACUAAUGAAUGAGACUCAAAUAAACAAAGUUCAUUUUUAUUUCUCUGGUUUAGUGGCAUUACAUGUGUUAAAAAUAAAGAGAAUUUUUUUUACAGA